AUGAUAGCGGGGAGCCGGGGUGCGGUGGCUGACCGCCUGUUGACGAUACCUGGAGGUGGUUUUGAGAAGAGCGGACCGAGCUCUCUUCCAGGUAUGCCGACAGCGGCGGACGAACAUCUGGGCAGAGGGUUGACCCAUGACAUCAGCCUGAAUGAGUUUGAGGAUGACGACCUGUCUGAGAUCACUGAGAUCACAGAUGAGUGUGGGAUGAGUCUCAACUACAUGGGCCUAGAGAUUAAGGGCUGUGUGAGGCAGGCAACCAAUAGUGGGGUGGGGAAGGAGGAGCUGGGUGCUGUCGGCCAGCUCCAGGCCGAGAUGCUCCAUUUGGAUCUGAUCGACGGGGCCGAUGGUUACCGCGAUGACAAGGAGUCAUCUCAGCCAUCUUCCACAGCACCCCUGCCAGUAACCGAGGACCCCCCUCUAGUAACCAUGGAUAUAUACCGGCCAAAGAGACCCACAACCCUUAAUCUUUUCCCCAUGGUGCCACGCACUCAGGACACAUUAAACAACAACUCAUUUGGUAAGAAGUACAGCUGGCAGGAGAAGGUCUCGCGCUCAUCCUCCCCCCUCAAAACAGGCGGGCUGAUCUCUCCCCAUGAGCACAGCUGUCUAAGCGACGAGGACAAGCAGGAAGGUGGGACGCAGACCAAGGACCGCGGCACAUCCACUGACACUCCCUGCAGAUACAAACACACCUCUGGACACACCCACAGCUCCACAGUGGGGACACGCUCCAAACUGCCGGAGAAGCCCCCAGCACCCCCGCCUCCCCAAAACUACACACUCGCACCUCUGGGCCCCCCAGGGAAGGGCGAAGGGGGGACACACAGAGAGAAGAUCCGCUAUCACACAGAUGUACGCCUAGAACCCACCGAGGAGAUCUAUCUGACUCCCGUGCACCGUUCCGAGCAGGACUACCCAUUCCUGUCCCAGCAGCCAGAGCACGGACACAUGUCAAUCAGCUCUGACACCGAGGGCCCGCCCCCUUACCAGCCUCUGCCUGACCGGACCAACCCUUCCAUCUGUGAGGAGGACGAGGUGUAUGUGCACCCUCCCUCCUACGCCUCCUAUGUGGAGGUUCUCUUCACCCCUCCCUCUACCGCCCCCCCCAGGGAACCCCCAGGCUUAGCCCUGAACCUCGGCCUGAGGGAAGGAGGAGCAGGGGCGAUGGUGAGGGCAGGGGCAGGAGCGGAGUAUGUAGAUGCCCAGGAUGAGACAUUUGGGGUAGAGGGUGAGGAUGAGAGGGUAAGGGUUGUGGGAGGCAGGCAGUAUUUGGGACGUGGUGGCUGUGGUGCCCCCACGAGUACUUUGAUGAGCUCGGAUGCGAGUGGUCUGUCUUACGACUCUGUGAAGUACACACUCGUUGUGGACGAGCACGCGCAGCUCGAACUGGUAAGUCUGCGGCAGUGUUACCAAUGUUACAGCGACGACAGCAACUCUGCGACCGUCUACGACAACUGCGUCUCGUCUCCGUAUGAGUCGGCCAUAGGGGAGAAGUAUAAGGAGGAAGAGGAAGAAGAGAAAGAGGAGGAGGAGGAGGAGGGGGAGGAGGAGGAUGAGGAGGAGGAGAGAGCGAGAGUGGGAAGGGUGAGGAGAGAAGCCACCGCCUGUCUGUCAGAGGACUCCACCCCGGAGGCGAACCUGCACUUCUCUAAGAAGUUCCUCAACAUCUUCAUGAACGGACGGUCACGAUCAUCCAGUGCAGAGCCGUUUGGCUUGUUCUCCUGCCUCAUAAAUGGGGAAGAGAGGGAACAGAGUCACAGAGCCGUCUACAGGUUUGUCCCUCGCCAUGAUGAUGAGCUGGAGUUGGAGGUGGAUGACCCUGUACUGGUGGAGGUACAAGCAGAGGAUUACUGGUACGAAGGCUAUAACAUGCGUACAGGCACCUGCGGCAUCUUCCCUGCUUACUACGCCAUAGAGGUCGCCAAGGAGCCAGAGAGCUUCAAAGGUGCAAGCAGUGAAUGGGUAGACAGAUACCACAUGAAAUUCCUGGGCUCGGUCCAAGUGCCCUACCACAAAGGCAACGAUGUUCUGUGUGCAGCUAUGCAGAAGAUUGCCACCAAUAGGAGGAUGACAGUGCAGUAUAACCCACCUUCGUCUUGUAUCCUUGAGAUCAACGUGAAAGGCGUGAAGCUCCUAGUCCAUGAUGACUACUAUGCCUCUGACAAAAGUAACCAGUGCAGCCACUUCUUCCAGUUGAAGAAUGUUUCCUUCUGUGGAUAUCACCCUAAGAACAGCAAGUACUUUGGCUUCAUCACAAAACACCCAGCUGACCAGAGAUUUGCCUGUCAUGUGUUUGUGUCUGAAGAUUCUACUAAACCCCUGGCAGAGUCUGUUGGGAAAGCCUUCCAGUUGUACUAUAAGGAAUUUGUAGAUUGCUCCUGUCCGACAGAGGAUAUUUACCUGGAAUAG